UUUUCGAAGCCCUAUACGUUGAAACUUUCUCAAAAAGCUUUUAAGAUGCUUACAUGUGUGUAUAAAGUGCAUUGUCCGAAGUAUUCCCAUGUUUCCAAAUGCAUUCCAGAAUAUAUCGAGAUCCAAUUACGACAGUCAUUCUCUUAUCAUGGAUCUAAUUUUCCAAAAACCUGUUGAAUUUCUCCACAUUUGGCGGAGAUCUCACUUGGUAUGGAGCUAGUGUUCUCCCCCAACUCCCCAAACCCUUAUUUUUAAGCCUUUAGCCUUCCAACCGGUCCUGAUCUAGUGAUUUUAGUCUGCUUCAACCGCAAAUUUCAGAAUUAGUAUGGCGAUUAUCAUUUUUAGUCCAUAGUUAGUCCAUAGGGACUACUGGGUACUAUUCGUCAUUAGUAAGUACUUCGCAUGACCUCCGAAUGUUCAACUGCCUCGUCAGUUCAAACACAAAUUCUUUGCUUAUAUCAUUGAGCUCACCCUUUGCUUUCUUGAUUUUCCCACCAUCUAUCACCUUAAUUGUCAAUAUAUAUACACAAUCACAUAUUCCAAAUCACUUUCAUAAAAUCUUAUUGCCUUAUUUGGCAUACAUGAUUCUAUCACAGUCAUAAUGGCUGCUCAUUUCUCUUCAAUCUUCGAUGUCGUAUCGACAAACAAUGAACUUGUUGCUGCUGGUACUGCAGCGAACAAUGAACCCAUCGCCGCCCCUCAGAAAUCAGUUACCAGAACAUAUCACUCAGCCCAACAGCCCCAUGCAAUUGAACUCGAUAAUUUACAAUGGGGAUCAAAUGUCAAUCGACCAUCUGCAUCUGGAACUACCACACCUGGAGCAGAACCUGGAUCGGGAUGGACAACUCCAGGCUGGCAAAGUUCAACAUCCCCAAGCGCUUUGGAGGAGAGUCGAUCACAAACUCCAAAUAACGAACCGGAAUACAUCGUUCAAAGCUUCUCCAACCCUCCCAAGAAUAGAUACAGAAUGACUGCAACCUGUUUGUUGAACUUUGGCAAUGGUUUGAGUGAUGCUGCAGCUGGUCCAUUGAUUCCAAAGAUGAUCAUAGCAUAUGGCAUUGAAGAAAGACUCGUAUCUCUCAUAUUCAUCACGCAGGCAGUAGGCUAUAUUUCAGCAGCCUUUUUCAUAGAUGCUAUCAGAUCUCGAUUCGGAAGAGCCAAAUCUAUAAUGUUUGCUGAAGGCCUCAUGGUUGCUGGCUAUGUGAUGAUCGUUCCCAAUCCUCCAUUCCCAGUCGUUGUCCUGGCAUUCUUAUUCAUCGGAUUUGGCAUGGCAAUUAAUUUGUCGUUGUCAAACGUUUUCGCAGCCAACCUCGAUAAUGGUACCAAAAUGCUGGGCUUCAUGCAUGGUUCCUACGGACUUGGGGGUAUCAUUGCUCCAUUGGUAGCCACCACACUCGUUUCAUCUGGCAUUUCAUGGAGUCGUUACUACUUUAUUCCGCUUGGAAUGAUGCUCGUCAAUUUAGUAUUUGCCGGAUGGGCUUUCUGGGACUACGAGGAUCCAAAUGAAAUGGCACUGACCAACUUGACUCAAUCAGGAAGCAGACCAAAAUCCAGUGCAAAGAGGGACUUGAUGGAAAUGUUUAAAGCUGCUAAAUUACCAGCUGUCUUAAUCGGUGCCAUUUUCAUUUUCUCCUACCAAGGUGCGGAAGUUUCCAUCUCCGGCUGGGUUGUCUACUUCCUGCAACAAGUCAGAGGUGCCAAUAACAAUGCUGGAUAUGUUACUUCUGGUUUCUGGGGUGGUAUCACGCUCGGUCGUUUCUUGCUAUCUCCUAUCGGGCACAAGAUUGGUGAAAGGAAGUUUGUGGUUAUCGUUGUGAUUUUGUCAGCUGCUUUCGAAGGAAUCGUUUGGGGUGUCCCUAAUGUCAUUGGAGACGCUGUUGCGGUUUCUAUCGUCGGUCUCCUUCUCGGGCCCGUCUACCCAUGUGCCGCCUACAUUUUCACUCGCAUCAUCCCUCGCAGAUACCAAGUCAGUGGAAUGAGUGUAAUCAGUGCUCUUGGUAGUUCUGGUGGUGCUAUUGCUCCUUUCACCACCGGAGUUUUGGCUCAGGCCUUUGGCAAUUUCGUCUUGCAUCCUAUUGCUUUAGGUCUCUUUGCUGUCAUGAUGCUUUGCUGGUUCUUAUUACCAAAGGUGGAGAAGAAAGACGAUUAAACAUACGACACAAUAACAUAAUGAUCGACUUCACGACAAAAUUCGGAAUUUGAGAAUGAAAUGCGCUUUGAAUUUGAUUGCAUAUCUACAUGGAUUUUCGGUACUGAGCGGAGGUGCCAUGGCGUUUUAAUUGAUACCAAGACGUUGGGACGUGGCUGACAGGCGUAUGUGGAGGGACCAUGGCGUCAAUAUGAAAGAUUUACUUUCUGAUUUGCAUUGGGAUUUUUGAAAUUUAUUGAUGGAAAUUGUUGUUUGGUAUUGAAAUAUCAGAAGGAGCGCAAAAGUUACAGUAACAUUCGGCUAGUCUAUCAUGACUUAUAAUAGGGAGAAUACAGCUUCAUCGCCAAUAUACUAUACGAACGUUUAAUGCAUUGACUUUACUUGAACGUCGGUGGCUAAUUAUUCUUAAGAUUCAUGUCUCUGAAUAGUGCAAUGAACUGCAUUAAAACGAAUACGGAUCGGAUACAGAUCGGAUAGUAGUCGGGUCGUCGACGGCUAAAAGGGUCCAGUGGGGUGGUUUAAGUUGCCCAGUCACCCCGCAUUUUGCAUGUGUUAAUUGGUUAAAGGUCAUAGCUUUGGUCGUGGAGGCCCCUGGUGCACUGAAAACGCCGAGAAUUGAUGUGAACGGAGAUGUAUUUUUGAUUGCUAGAGUUUUACAAACUCCGAUGAAUCA